ACCAGUGGUCCGUCAGUAACCAGGCGGCUAGCUAACACCUGACAGCUAACCAGCCGCUACAUCUGGCUAAUUUAGUAUAACACCUCAUUCAGCCAUAAACUGGCACUAGUUAAUGAUACCUCGGUACCAGUAGGUUUUAACUUAUGUUCGGUAACGUAACCCCGAAACUAGUUCCCGUGACUGGCUAGUUAGCCAGCUAUCUGUGUGAUUUAUUAGGGGUAUUUUUCCAUUUCCGAGUCUGUGAACAAAAAAAUGGGUCGAUGUUUUUUUUUUUUAACCCGCUGCUUGUUACUAGCUAUAGGAGGCUAGAACUAGUUUAUAUUGUCUAUAUGACAGUUUUUAAGGGAUCGUCAGCCAUGGUAUGCUUAACCAUGCAGUUUUGCUGGUUGCCCUUUGUUUUGAUCUGCUCGUUUAAUUAGUAAUGAGCCCCAGGGCAUUACCUUACCUUAGCCUGUACCCCCGGAUGACGAUUAGUGUUGCUCAUAUUUCGGUUUCUUUCAGCACAACUCUUUAACCUGAUAAACCACGCGGUAGCCAGUUAGCUUAAUAAAGCGCGUGGUGUUGAUCGCAGUCAUCCUGCUGUCCGUGUACAUUUGUGGGUUUUAUGUGGUCAUGUUUUAAUAAUAAAAAAGGGGACACACGUAUUUCGGCGAGCUUUCUAACUGGCAUUUAAUGUAUCUGUUCGACUGCAGUUUUUUUUCCUCCACUGGAGGCUAUCAGGCUACAUUGUUGCGCCAUUUAAUGUGCGACGCUUUCUUCGCUUUGAUUAUUUUGCACAGGGUUGCCAGCUCUGACACACAUGCUUUCAGACUCUCACGCAGGAAAUAUUAGGGCAAGUCUAUAUUAGUCCAUUAUAAAGCUAAAAUUACGUAGUUGGGGUAGUUUGCAAACCGUACGGUCUAUAGACUAUUCACAAGGUAAUACAACUGCAACUGCAUGUGUGCGCAGACUUGUCUCGAAUUGAAAAUCUCACGUCAGCCACCUGACCAAAGUUGGCAACCCUGAUUUUGCACCGUGGAACUGAACCCGUUUACUGGUGUGUCCUGGAGAGCUGUGCAUAUCCACACACCCACUGUGUGUGUUGAUGUCAUUGGGAUUGCAAGUACAGUACUGUUGCGUCUUAUGUAAUGCCGAAUACUCGGUGCCUAACGUGCGUUCAGAAGACGAUCGUUUAUCGGGACAUUUUUUGUACACGUUUCAUCUUACUGACUGAAUUUCAUCAUUAGAAACUCUAGCCUUGCUCACACUUCAUUUUAAAACGCGUCUUGGCCGAUCGGACCACAAGCAGACGGCCGAGACACGUAUCCAUUUACACAUGUGUUUAUAAUGCAUAUUCAAGGUGUACAGUUGACCACUUGUGAUCAGAUUUAUUUGCUGCUUCGCGCGGUCAUUGUGAAGACUUUGUCGGGGACACAUUACCGCUUAUACUACAAAAGGGUCCUGGUUCGUUCCUCUAGCAAAGCCGCGGAGCAGUGCAGCUCUGGAAACUACUGCCAUGACAACGACAACCGGGAGGACCAAAGGCACUUGGUCACCAAUGUGAGGACAUUGGAGAUGCAGGCCAGCAAGUUGGAGGAACAAGUUCAGGAUCUGACUGAAAAAUAUAAAAAAGCUUUGGCUGACUGCGACACGGUACGAAAGAAGACGCAGAAGUUUGUGGAGGAUGCCAAGCUGUUUGGCAUCCAGAGCUUCUGCCGGGACCUGGUGGAGGUUGCCGACCUCCUGGAGCAGACGGCGGUCGAAUUCGAGGGCGAGGAGAGGGUGUCGCUGAGGCUGAACGAGAUCCAGAGCAGCCUGCAGGGCGUCUUCACCAAACACGGCCUGGAGAAGAUGACCCCAGUGGGCGGCCAGUACGACCCCUACGACCAUGAGAUUGUGUGUCACGUUCCGGCUGAGGGCGUCCAGCCGGGCAUCGUGGCCGUGGUCAGGCUGGACGGCUACAAGCUGCAUGGUCGCACCAUCCGGCACGCCCUGGUGGGCACCGCCUUGCACACGCAGGAGCAGUGAUCCAUCACGUGCCGAUUCUCAUUGGCUGGCCCGGCCUACAGACUGAAGCUCAAACCUGCCGUCGUUCUUAACGGUUUUUUUCUCGCGAUUGACUUGUUUAAUAUUUAACUAAUUUAGUAUUUAAAAUUCACGUGUUUGUUUGUGUUCUAUAUUUCCUAACUUUAUUUUGUGCAGUUUAAUGAACGUUAUUUAUUCGAAGUGUCUUUUUGAUGCUUGUGGGGAUCCCUUAGAACCUCUGAAGGACGUGUGGAGGCUUAGGGUACUGAUGCUAAUGUAAAACACGCCUACCCGGUUAUUAUGCCCCUAGUGGCGGAGGGAUAUGUUUGUUCGAGGCGCUCUGAGGUGCGGGCAAGGGGUCCCGGUUCGCUGCAGUAGGACUAGAGUGUGUUGACAUGGAGUUGACUUAGUGAAGCAGGCUUUUGGAAUGUGGUGGAGGGCGAAUUGAGGGCAGGAUACGUAUUUCCAAUUAAGAAGGACUUGGGGACCUGUUCAGUGUUUAUCCUAGUUUCCUAAUACAUCUUUGCUAGCUGGAGGUGCUUCUGUUUUAGGUAUUAAAUCCACACUAUCCAUAGAGUGCCUUGAAAUGUAGGAUCUUUCGGUCAGAUUGUUCGAAUUUCGGACCUUUCUUGCCGUCCUUUCGGUAUUGAAUCCCUAUCUGUAAAUAUUAGAAUAUAUUGAUCGCAGUGAAGUUUAUAAUUUAAAUUGUGACAUUAUCAAGCCUGAUAUUUGCAUGUUGUCAGUAACUUUGCCGGUUUUGGAAGUGUUUUUGUUAUAUGCUAACCGGUUUAAUACCCUUCUGGGAAACUCACGAUUCUCACUCUGGAUUAUGUUUCAGGUUUUAUUUCAGUUUGCUGUUUUUUUUUUUUUUUUUUUUAACUUCUCAAAAGGACAGAAUGCAACAGACUUGACUUCGUGCUUCAAACUGAAAGUGACUGUCCAAACCCCAGGACACUGACAGGUGACAAGCAAUUACUUGCUGCACUGUUGGAAGCCGGCUGUUUAUUUGUGCUUCGGGGCCGCCUGCAGUCUCCGCGAUGGUUGGCUUUGACUGAAUGUAUGUAAUUUCUGUCUCUUUUGCUGAUGGAGUUUGACGAUUCCCUGCUUGUUUUGGGAGAACAAAGGAUGCAAUUUUGGUGCGAGGUUCUGUAAAAAUAGAAAUCUCACGGCGCACUGGUGAAAAUAAAAACGUAAUGAUGCUUUCCUCGUGCGCUCUGUGCUGCUUUUGAUGUAAAGAGGUAAAACAAAUGGGUCCAGUGCUACGCCAACACAUCCCAGCGAUGGACCUGUGGGCAUUCUGGGCGAUUCUCCUUAAUAAACAGCCAGAGAAUGUGGUGUUUUCCCUCUGCUACAAUAAAUGUGCUUCACGUCUGCAAUGCAACGAAGA